AUCCGGCACAUGCCACGUAUUCAGCGAUCAUAUGCGCCAUAUUGCUUGAGAACUCCCCAUGGGAAUUGUAACCUUUGGGAGAGGUAGAUACCGGCUGGUCGUGAUAAACGAGCAGGUUCUGCUUCCUGUGACUCGCUUGACCAGGACUUGCUCCAUGCACAUAUCGCAGGUAACAAGCAUGAAGAAGUCACGGGAGAGAGCACAGAAGAUAAGCGCCCUGAGUUCUUUGCUUGGGCACUACUCUCAACAUCGCGGCUUCUCCUGUUCCAUUCUCGAAGAAUACAUUAACAGCAAUUGGUGCCUCAUUCAGUCGUCAACAGUCCAAGAAGCCAGCCAACAUGGCGAACCCACCCAAACGAUUCGGCAUGAUUCUGUACGAUGGCUUCCAGCUCAUCGAUGUCUGCGGACCUCUUGACGUCUUGAACGUACUGUCAACUCGUACGGAGGGAGUCAGCUUGUCACUCAUCGCCGAGGAUACCCAACCAAAGUCAACCUUUCCCAAAGAGUGGCCCGCCAACAUGGGCAUGGCGCCCUUCACCACUUCACAGACUUUGCAGCCAACGCACACUUUUGAGAGUGCGCCGGAGCUAGAUGUCCUGAUUGUACCAGGCGGAAUGGGCUCCUUCGAUCCCGCGAGACAGGGCCAGCCGAACUCAGCCGUGGUCGACCCCAUUGUCAAAUUCGUCCUGGAAAGAUAUCCGAAGCUCCAAUACCUGUUGACAGUCUGUACCGGCUCCGGCAUCGUCUCUCAGAGUGGGCUCCUAGACGGCAAGAACGCUACACUGUUCAAGGGGGCGUGGGAGGUCAUUCCUCAAUGGCGGCCAUCGGUCCAAUGGCAGCCUAGGGCGCGAUGGACGGUGGACGGGAACAUAUGGACGUCAUCCGGUGUGGCAUCGGGUAUAGACUUGAUGUUUGCUUUCGUGAAACAUAUUCAUGGAGAGGAAAUCGUUCGAGAUAUCGCGGGAUGGAUGGAGUAUAGGGUGCACGAGGAUCCAGCUAACGAUCCUUUUGGAAUCGACGUUUCCACGUAGAAAUGUGACUAUGCUGGCACAUUGGGGGUGAAGUCAGCCAUCAUACAGAAUGAAACUCGUCUCAUGUUUCCAUUACGCGAGGUUGAGUAGCAUCUGCUGCAAUAUUGUGAAAUGUCAGGUCCAUAAUGCCCGAUUGUAACCCGAAGACAUUGCAGCGUCCUGAAUGCAAAAGACGGGCCGACAAUUGGAAGUUUCCAUUUGUACCUUUUUUCACCAUCACAACUUCUCUCUUGACCCUGGGCACUUUCCGUAGAUA